UGGCCUGCAGAGAGCCCGCACUAUCUCUGCCGCUGCUACUGCCGCCGCCGCUGCUGCCACCGCUACUGCUGCUUGCAGAGCUGCAGGGAGUGAGCAUCCCGGGUUUGGGAUACCCAGCUCCACCGCAUCUCCCUCGCGUCCUGGCCCACACGGACCUGCCCACCCCUGGGAACAAAAGCGGACCUGCUCGCCCUCUCCUGCAGCCGGAGGAUGAUUCGGGAGGGCUGAGUGGAGAGUGCGGUCCUCGGCGGCUGGAAGGUAUGUUCUUGGCUUCUCUCGAUGACAAUUCCUGACUCGUGGCCCUGGCAAUCUUGGGAAAACAUCAGCCACUUUCUUCAGUCCAGACCUCAGGACCCGCCUUUCCCCAGCAUCACCCCCACCCAGCCUGGACACAUUGACCAAACCAUUUUCUAGGACACACCAUUCUGCAAGACAUGGUGGUGGUGAACCCUGACUCCAACUCUUCCUGACUGAGGGGCUCUGUUGCAUAACUCACAGCACUCGGAAGGAGUGAAUGACAUGUGCAGCUCAGGACGUCAUUUCUGAAGGGAGGCGUCGUUCUCUGGGAGAGGAGUCCCCCAUGAGCCUGGCCGAGGCCCUGGAUCUGUGUGCAGUGGACUAAGGAUUUAGUAGGAUGUCAACUGAGACAGAACUUCAAGUAGCUGUGAAAACCAGCGCCAAGAAAGACUCCAGAAAGAAAGGUCAGGAUCGCAGCGAAGCCACUCUGAUAAAGAGGUUUAAAGGUGAAGGGGUCCGGUACAAGGCCAAACUGAUCGGGAUUGACGAGGUUUCAGCAGCUCGGGGAGACAAGUUAUGUCAAGAUUCCAUGAUGAAGCUCAAGGGCGUUGUGGCUGGCGCUCGUUCCAAAGGAGAACACAAACAGAAAAUCUUUUUAACCAUCUCCUUUGGAGGAAUCAAAAUCUUUGAUGAGAAGACAGGGGCCCUUCAGCAUCACCAUGCUGUUCACGAAAUUUCCUACAUUGCAAAGGACAUCACAGACCACCGGGCCUUUGGCUACGUGUGUGGGAAGGAAGGGAACCACAGAUUUGUGGCCAUAAAAACAGCCCAAGCGGCUGAACCUGUUAUUCUGGACUUGAGAGAUCUCUUUCAACUUAUUUAUGAAUUGAAGCAAAGAGAAGAGUUGGAGAAAAAGGCACAAAAGGAUAAGCAGUGUGAACAAGCUGUGUAUCAGACAAUUCUGGAAGAGGAUGUUGAAGAUCCUGUGUACCAGUACAUUGUGUUUGAGGCUGGACACGAGCCAAUCCGUGACCCCGAUACGGAAGAAAACAUUUAUCAGGUUCCCACCAGCCAAAAGAAGGAAGGUGUUUAUGAUGUGCCAAAAAGUCAACCUGUAAGUGCUGUGACCCAAUUAGAACUUUUUGGGGACAUGUCCACCCCUCCUGAUAUAACCUCUCCCCCUACUCCUGCAACUCCAGGUGAUGCCUUUAUCCCGUCUUCAUCUCAGACACUUUCGGCGAAUGCAGACAUGUUUGGUUCUGUAUCUUUCGGCACUGCUGCUGUACCCUCAGGUUACGUUGCUAUGGGCGCCGUCCUCCCAUCCUUCUGGGGCCAGCAGCCCCUCGUCCAACAGCAGAUCGCCAUGGGUGCUCAGCCACCAGUCGCUCAGGUGAUGCCAGGGGCUCAGCCCAUCGCAUGGGGCCAGCCGGGUCUCUUCCCUGCCACUCAGCAGCCCUGGCCAGCUGUGGCCGGGCAGUUUCCGCCAGCCGCCUUCAUGCCCACACAAACUGUUAUGCCUUUGCCAGCCGCCAUGUUCCAAGGUCCCCUCACUCCCCUCACAACCGUCCCAGCCACGGGUGACUCCACCAAGUCAAGUCCACAGACCGACAAGCCCAGACAGAAAAUGGGGAAAGAAAUGUUUAAGGAUUUCCAGAUGGCCCAGCCUCCACCCGUGCCCUCCCGCAAACCCGACCAACCCUCCCUCACCUGUACCUCAGAGGCCUUCUCCAGUUACUUCAGCAAAGUCGGGAUGGCACAGGAUACAGAUGACUGUGAUGACUUUGACAUCUCCCAGUUGAAUUUGACCCCUGUGACAUCUACCACACCAUCAACCAACUCACCUCCAACGCCAGCCCCUAGACAGAGCUCUCCAUCCAAGUCAUCUGCAUCCCACGCCAGUGACCCUACCACAGAUGACAUCUUCGAAGAGGGCUUUGAAAGUCCCAGCAAAAGCGAAGAGCAAGAAGCUCCCGAUGGAUCACAGGCCUCAUCCAACAGUGAUCCAUUUGGGGAGCCCAGUGGGGAGCCCAGUGCUGAUAAUAUAAGUCCACAGGCCGGUAGCUAGAUAGCACAGGUCUGGGAGCUGGAGCCUCUCUAUGCGCAGAUCCACAGACCUAAGAAAUAGCAUCAAUGCGGGCUCGUGGCGGGUGCUUCUUCAAGACUAGCAUGGAAAUCAGCAUCGCGACAGGCUCUUAUAUUCUUUCACCUCACUUCAUCCCACAAAGAAAUUCAUAAUUGCCCAAUGGAACUUGUUUGGAGGAAGGAACUAAGAGUUGUUGGCAACCAACAGCAGAUACCUAUGGCAGCACAACAAAACAAGGACA